CUGAGCCCAAUCUCUGACGGAGAAUAGGAGUAUCGCCCCGGCGGACAGUUGCGGCAGCCUUCUGGCUCGGAUAUUCCUCACUUUCUGGAUUGUAUACGCCUCAGAUAAAUUCCGGGAUGCCUUCAAAUAAAAAUACGCAAGGAGGGAAAGCCUUCGGACUCUUGAAGGAGCAGCAGAGGCAAAAAUUGGAGGAAAUAAACCAGGAAUACCUGGAAGACCAGAAAUACAGGGAUGAAGAAGACCUGGCUGAAAAGCUGGAGAGUCUCAAAAAUAAAUAUGCUGAGUUUGACCUGAACGACCAAGGAGAGAUUGAUCUGAUGGGUCUGAAGCGGAUGAUGGAGAAGCUGGGGGUGCCCAAGACCCACUUGGAGUUGAAAAAAAUGAUUGUGGAGGUGACGGGUGGCAGCAGCAACGCUAUCAACUACAGGGACUUUGUCAAGAUGAUGCUGGGCAAGCGCUCAGCUGUGCUCAAACUAGUCUUGCUCUUUGAGGACAAAGCCAACGGCUCUCCCUGCAAACCAGAUGGACCCCCUCCAAAGCGGGACAUUGCUAGCCUGCCUUAAGCAUACAUGUCAGCCUCCGGACUGCUGGCGGAGCAGAGGACCAUCCGUGGCUGCGUGAAAUUGAGUCGUUUUCUUAACAUGUGGAGUGUUGUAUUAGUGUGGGACCGGUGAUUAAGGGUGUUAUCGUGUGACAUACGGUGUGUGUCUGUUAUUUGGGAAGACUGAGCCCACAACUCACUAAAUGAUGUUUGACUGUGAAUAUUAUCAUUCAUCUUUUUUUUUCUCCUUUAAUUCAAAUGUAGCAUUGAUAGUUGAUACAUGUAAUCCGCCUGAUAAAUUGAAUUUUGUAGUAAGUGUUUCAUGGUUAUAUUUUAAGGGAAGACUCUCCAGAGGUGGUUUUUCCUUCCUUGUUUCUUUGUUUUGGGACACAUUCGUUUUAAGGUGAGAGUAGGACGCUUUUGGAGAAGCACAAGGAGAAGAAGCAGUUUUUCCAACACAUUUUUGCACUGUCCUCAGUGGUCUUGGAUGGAUUCCUGCCAGGCUAAUCUUGGUCAGCUUCUCGCUUUAGAUCAGGUGCCAGAGAUUACAGGCCCAGCCCAUUUCCUCUGGGUCAAAGUCGUCCGCCCUCGGUGCCGGAAUACUGAUCUGGAAUCAGUAAGUAGGUUAACAUGGCCGCCUCAUGAUCUGAAAAGCAUUCUUUCUUUUUGGUAGAUACUGCACUGCUAUGCGUUCUGGAUAUCCAUUCACACUAGCUGAGAGGAGAAUAAGAGAUCAUGUUGACCAUGGGAUGUUCAGUUUCAGCACGUGGGCUUCAGGAACAGCACAUCUGACUCAGUUUUAGAUCUGUAAGGUUAAGCACAUGUUACUUUUGGAAGGAGUGUGAUUUACAGGCACACGGGCAUCACAAAUGUACAUAAUAUACUUCACACAGUACAAUCAAUCAUAUUCUUUCCAAGUGCCUCAACAUGCAGAUACUGUAGAGCUUAAACACGCAGAUUGAAAAAGGAGGGAGUGUACACAAGUGUUCAGUUCAAGCAGUCCUCUUAGCUCACUAAUUCCAGAGAAAGAUGAAAUAGCGUUCUUUGUCAUUUGGUACGUUUAAUGAUGUUUGUUGAAAUAUAUCGAUAUGAACAUUCUGAGGGAGUGAAUUUUUAAACAGUUUCGGUGUUUUCCCUUCUCUUAAUUUUUUUUUUUUUUACAUCACAGCAAGUGUUUAGUGAUUUUUAAAGACUGUUUAGGUUAACCUAUACUUGUCUUUGCAAUGUCUUGCAUUCAUAUUCCCUCCCCUGUAUUUUUUCACCAGCCAGCCGUCCCUGUUUGUCUGACUGGCUUCAUGCUCCUGUGAAUUCAGUUUUUUGUGCCUCAGUGUUUGUCUCUCCAGUUUAAAUUUUACUUGUUACUGUGAAUUUGGUACUUGUAGUAUUUUUAACCCGUUUAUCAUGUUAUAAACCAUCAUGUUAUUUUUGUUUUCAGCCUGAUAGGUAUAUUACACCUUUUAAUGAUGUUAAGAUGCACAUUGUCUGCAGACACCAAAGGAAUUAAAUUCUUCUUACACUGGCCUGUUACGUUUUGAAAUGUUCACUGCAGUAAUGGAAGUCUCUUUUAAACUUAUCACUAGUUUUAAGUUUGGCUGAAAAAUGACCAGUUUAACAAGUUUAUUAAGCAGAGUGUAGUGUUUUUCUUUUCUUUUCACGAGUAAACACCAGUGUUUGUUCAUAACACAUUUCCACUAUUAUGUAUGUUUAAAGCUGUUACACUGAGAGUGAGAUGUAGUCAUAAAUGCAGUAAUGCUAUUUACUGGAGCCCCUUGUCUUAUGAGGUGACAGAAGUUACAAAGAACUCAUAAAUGUUGUCUGUCCAUCAAUGCAGGGGUCACUGUGCAGCACAUCUUUGGCUGUCAGCGCUGAUGGAUUCAUCUUCCAGUCUGUUCACAGGCAGAUAUAAAUGGUGUGUGGUUAUGUUUCAUUGUAACAAUGCUUUCAUUCCAUAUUUUCUAUUUUCUCACCCACUUUCCAUGUUGCUUAAUGUACGUGCAGCUGUAUGCAUACAUACUCUUGAGCAAUAAAAUGUUUUCA